AUGUUAUAUUCAACGUAUCUGAUCCCUCUCGGUAUUUUGCUUUUAUUAAAAUCCUCCACUUUGGCGGAACACUCUCGGAACCACGAUAAAUUCUACUCGUCGAUCGAGAGCAAGCCCUUAUCUAGCCAGGAGACUGACAACCUGAGGCUGGUGUUGAAUUUCAUUCGCCAAUCCCCCGAGUUUCAUCCGCUCACGUUCUCCGUAAUACUGCCGGAGUUUCAAUCGAGCUUCAUCGAAUUUUUGCUGAGCUAUAUCGGGCAAAAUUCGAUCGAGGCCUACAAAGUCAGGGCGAGGGAUCUGUCCCUGAAGGCCACUUGGAUGAACCGACUACGACUCACUUGGAUCUUCGUCGUUCAAGACUUGUCCAGUUUUAACAUCUUCGUUUAUUGGCAAUGGAAUCUAUGGAAAGCCGGUAAUCAGUAUUUGAUUAUCUUCACUGGAAAAGUAGUCACCACGUUCUGGACGGAGGCUUUCACAAACUUGUGGAGAAAGUACGACGUUCAUCGAAUCGUCGUCGUCGACGAUGAUUUUCGAUGUCUGACCAGGUACAUGCCGUUCGAGAAACGAUCUAACAAUGGCUUUGGCAGGGUAUACAAAUCAUGUUUGGAGAAAAAUCAUUUUACCAAGCGAUCCAGCGAAUACGAUCUUCUUCAAAAUUCGCCAAAAGAUUAUAAUUCGGGAUAUCCAGGCGAGAUUCUUCGACUGAACAGAGAUACAAGGUUAUUCGAGAAUUUCCAAAACUUGAAUCAUUAUCCCCUGAACGUGCUGGUGUUCGAGUCUCUGCUGAUGAACGUUUCAUACGAUACUCGGAAUAGACUGAAAUUGAGCAAACCAGACGCUAAUGUGGCGUUUGCUCUGGAGAAGGCGAUGGGGGCAAAAUUUCGUAUAAAAGCUAUGAGGAAGGCUGAUUUCAUGGAUGAUCCAUUCACCACUUCGUUGACAGACAUCGAGACUAGAAACGUGGACAUGAUUAUCACCGGAUUUUUCGUCAAGGUUUAUAGCAAAUUUCGAAAGUUUCAGUUCACCUGUGCCAUGUACGAGGACAAGCUGUGCUUCGUGUCGCCCGAUUCUGGUCUGGUACCCAAGGCUUAUAUGCCUUUCUUACCGUUUCAAAAGAGCUUAUGGUUUCUGCUAAUAGCAUAUAACAUUACGGUUACGUUCCUGUGGUGCUUGGUGAAACACAUUAGCGAAUCGUUGCGACGUCAAUACAAAUGUGCCAAUCCUAGUCGACGAUUAGAAAUUAAUCGUUCAACGAGAAAACCACAUGCAUGGUAUCUCCCCAAAAGUGGAAUAAAAAAUUAUUUUCCAAUCAAAGAACAUCGUUCGUCUGAUGUAUCUAAUUACAAAGAACCACCAGAAAUUCCCCGAUACAUCAAAAAUCCGAUCAUUUUUAUCGAGUACCUUACGUAUCCCUUUCAAACAAGCGAAAUUCCAGCGCAGAGAGCUCUACUCCUCGGCACCCUAUUUUUCGCUCUUAUCCUCAAUGGGCUGUAUCAAAGCGUCUUGGUAUCUAGCCUAAGUAAACCGUUCCAUUACCCUCAACUACAUAAUCUAGAAGAUGUAGUAGAUUCUGGAAAGAUCGUGAUCACCAAGUAUGCGAAUUUGAAGAACGUAUUCCUAGACGAUACCGAACUAGAUGCGACGCUGGCUCAGAGAAUUCGCCUGAUCAACACUCAACGAUCUACGAAGGAUAUUGUGGCGUACGAAGAUAAAAUCGCGAUCACCAGAUAUUACUCGUUGGAGCUCGAUGAUUCCGACUAUUUCGACAAAGAAGGAAAUCCCCUAUUGAACCUGGUGGACGAAUGUCCGAUGAAUUAUAGAGUGUCUUAUGUGUCAAGAUUGCAUUCACCUUACGCAGAGAAAGUGGAUUUUGUGUUGUUAAGGUUGAGAGAAGCGGGCCUGCUUAAUUUCUGGUUCGAUGAUAUGUUGUAUCGUAUUAAGAUAGUUAAGAUAAAGAAAAGGAGAUUGAAGAAGGAUAUGGCGGCGAUGAAGAGCUGGAUGAGCGACAAGAUCAUGUUAUCGCUGGAUCAUUAUUUAUUAACGUUUUUAUUGCUGCUCGUUGGCUUGUUUGGAUCUACCGUGAUGUUCUUCGUGGAACUGUACAUGGCGAAACGAAGCACAAGAAAAUGUUAAAACAAACAAAAGGAAUGCUCGUUUCAAAAUUUAUUUCUUUUAGGGGAAAAUUCAAACCGAGAAAUUGCUCGUGA